GAAUGCCAACCUGCAAUUCCACUGUUGAAUAUUCAUUUUAUAAGAACGAUAAUGCGAAUGCGAUCCCCAUUUCCCUUCUUUAUCCUUCUAAUUCUGCUAUUCGUCUUAUCCCCAAAUGGCGAGUUGGGUCGAUUCGUGGAGGGAGGCAAGCGGCGGAUCCAUUACGGACGAACUUCACGACGUUGUUGACGACGAAGAAGACGAGGCGUGGAAGGAAUGGGGCAAUAAGAAAUCCUCUGCUCAAGGCUUUGAUUUCCCGCCCAGCGAUCUUGAUAAGAUGGAGCUGCCUCAGAUUCAGGCCGAGUUCAUGAAGCGACAUUACGGUCCUUUCUUCGGCUUCGUUAAGCUACAAUUGGGAAUCUGGCGCUCUCCGGAAAUGGUGGGUGAGAUUGCCAUGAAAUGGACGAACGUUCUGAGAUCAGGUUCACAGGGGUUGAUAUGAGCACAAUCAUGUUCAACAUGGACAAUGGCCGAGACAUGGAUGAGUUGAAGGAGUUCAUAUUGAGCCAACCAGAGGCGUAUGAGAUCAAGAUUGGGGACCGAGCUUUUCGAAGACCUGGAGAUCCACCCUUGGAAGAAGUUAUUGGGAGGCUUAGACGCGAUAAAGAGAAGGGAGAUGAUGCUGGCUCUGAAGAGGGUGAUGGACAUGUGAAAGAAGAAUUGUAGCUAACUUAGAACUUCUCCAGAUGCUAGCUCCAGAUCAUAGAUCGAUUGAAUGCAGUUAUUAAAAGAUAGAUUGCAGAAUUUUAACCCCGCAUACUCAACUUCUUAACUUCAUUUCCUUCCACGCCCUGUAGACAUAUUUGC